UGUUGAUACCGUCUGUGAUUUGUGCGCAGUUCUAAACUACGCUAAUGGAUGAUUUACGAUCUAAAUGACAUGUUUCUCUUCAAAAUGUACUUUGUGGUAUCAAAUUUGAUUCUUGUGUGCUAUUGUCUUCCGUUAUCUGGUGAUCCAUUCCGUUCUGUGGAAAGUACAUUCGAGCCAAAUGUGGAAACAAAACCCGUCAAUAAUGCAGACUUUUCUGGUCCAAAUCAUGGUCCAUUGAAAGUUACCCUGUUUCAUACGAGUACCGCGCCCAAUUCGCACCUGUCUCGGGAGACUUCAGAAGGUCCGAUUUUAAACAGACAGUCCGAGAGUCCUCCAGGUACUUUACUAGGAUUAUUUUACGCCGAUCGGAAGAAAGAAAUAUCGACUCCGCAAAUUUUUGAAAAUAUAUUUGAAAAUUCGAAUUUAGAAAAAUCACAAACUUUUUUGACCACAUCGCCAUUUCCAGAUUUUGCAGCAGAAGAGACUCCGAAUCCUGCAGAACUAAUCUCAAAUAUUCCGGAAGUCAGUGCUAUUUACCAAAGACACGGCCACUGCCGUUCAACUAAGCCUUUUACCAGGGCAAUUUUCGUUGUGGACAGGUGCCCAUGGUCCGCUAUGGAUCCCUGGCUUAUGGACCGAUGCCAUCACUCAGAGGAAAUCCCUUACCGUCACCCGGACUGCGUCAUUGAAAUCGACCAUAUUCCAGUUCAGGACGCAGAAGGCAUUGUUUAUAGGAACAUUUACUGUGCUAUAUGUCAUGGAGCCAAAAAUGCAAGUACCUGGUCAACCGAGAUUAUAACGGACACCAUCACACGUAUGGAUACAGACGAGAGUAAGAAUAUACUUCUUUUAUCUAACGAACCAAACACAUCUCCAAACUGCUCCAAGAAUUACUUUCCAGCUCAAAUGAAUAAGAUCUUGUUUUGUAGCACAACAAAAACUGAAGAGUUUGGACACUCUCAUCGUGGUAGAAGCUCUUUUGGGGAAGACCAUCACACAAAAGCAUCUGUUUUCCCGCUAUCUUUCCAAGUUAUAAUGAAUUUUGGCUUCAAUGGAAAAGGACACAUCUUCUUCAGCGCGACACCUCAAAUUGAAACCUCUCCGACAGUCCACAAAUGUGCUGAGAACGAAAUUUAUGUUCAAAAUGUGGAAAAAUGUAGAAAGAUUGUCUGUGCUUCCGGGCAUAAAUUAGUAAAUUCCAAAUGCCAGGCGACUACUGAUACUUCUGACGGUGAAUCGUCUUCACUUGACAACCUGGAUUCACUCAACCACGACGAAGAAGCUUCUCAGAUCACGCUGCGCCUCAACGUCACUGAGCAGGAUUUGCUGGUGCUACGCCAGGAAGACUCCGACAAGAGCAUCGUUGCAGAAUUUUGUACCAUGCUAAACAUCAGUUCAGACCGGAUAAAAAACUUUACUAUUGAAUAUCAGAACGGAACCGUGUCCGGCAAAACGCUAGAGGUCCAUCCGUUUGUCACUCCAAAACCAAUACGCAAAAACAAAGCCCGGCCACUAGACCCCAAUGAGGAGCCUACCAUUUCGAAUGAUGGAUCCGCUCAUGAUAAUGGAGACUCGCAAUUAGAUACGAAUGGGGAACGGACGGAAUCUUACGGUGUUGAUCUUGACAGUAAGAAGAUGCCUUAUAAUACGUUACAAGAGACAUACACCGUGAUAAUAAAAUUCAUCAUAUUUCCUGCCAGAAAGAAGAGUUCCAAAGACGUACCCACUAGUUUGGUGAUCGACACGAUGAAGUCAAUGAUUUAUAGGAAAUCGUUUAGUUUCAGUUUGAACGGGACAAGUUUUAACGUCGAUGACGUAGACAACUUCGACCCUCUGAUCCUGGACUCCUGGUGUACCAAAGGCAGGAUUAACUACUACUGGGGGGACGAUUUUGAACUCACCUCUCGCCAUAGUAACGAGACAGGUCAGAUGAGGUCCGCUAUCUACGUCAACUCGACCAACACAUUCUACGAUCAGAAACAGUUUGAUCUAUAUGUGAUGCUGACAACAACAUUGGGCGAUGUGUCCAACGUGAAUAAAUCUUCCUAUGUAUUUGUAUGUGACAUGCCGCGCAUUGUGGACAAGGAAUGUGGACGAAUAGAAAUAGUCGAUUCGGAAUACAGCCGCUUCCCCGAAAACAACAGCAUCCUGUACUCGGGCGAGUUGAUGAGCAUGAAUAAUUACGAAUACGUAAACGACACUUCGGACAGUUUGCGUCUAUGUGCCCCCAAGGAGUACGUGUCUGGACACAAUAACCUUCUUGUUCAGUCAUGCGGAGUCCAUUUCUAUCAAGUCAUAUUAGCCGAAAACUACCUAUCCUUCACACUAGGCAUAGUAUCUCUGGUUGCCAUGGUUUCUGUACUAGUUACCUAUUAUCUCUUCGAUAGUCUUCGGAAUUUACCGGGACUUAAUACUAUAAAUUUAACUGUGUCGUUAUUUUUAGGGGAACUACUUUUCUUACUUUCCGGUCUGGUGGUUAAGCACGGUAUAGAUUGGCUAUGUAAAGCGAUUGCUGUAUCCCUCCACUACCUGUUCCUUGCAUCCUUUUUCUGGAUGAAUGUGAUGGCCUAUGACCUCUACAGGACAUUUGGUCAUAAAUGUAUACUGACAAGAGUUAGAGAGAAGAAGAACUUCUUUCGUCGUUACUUCAUCUACGCAUGGGGCUCUCCGGCGCUUAUUGUGUGCGCAUGCGCAUUUAUAGACUUCAGCAAUCUCUUAGAAGGGGUGCGUAUUGGUUAUGGCAGUUAUGUUGAGAAGAACACGGACAAUAUACUCGCCGGAAAUGUCCUGUCAACACCUUCAACCAAUCGGAGUGGGGAACACAAUGACAGUGAUCCAAUCAUAUCGCCGAAUUCACCGAGCAAUAGUUUCACUGAAGCAAAUCUAGGAUGCUGGAUAAUGGAGCCCGUAGCGACUUUGGCGACCUUUGGUCUUCCAAUGAUAAUAAUUUUGGGCGCGAACGCCAUCAUGUUUAUCAAAACUAUCAUCUGUAUCAGAGAUGUGGCAAAGCUUGCCAAACAUAAAACUCGGCGCUCGUCAUUGAAUCAAGCGGUUGGGAAGUCUGAUGUUGUGUUAUAUGUGCGCAUGUCCACAGUAAUGGGUUUUACGUGGAUAAUUGGUUUGGCUUCAAGCAUCAUUUCCGCCUUUGCGGACGGUCCGACAGACACAAUGUGUAUUGUAUUACACACGAUCGGGAUUUUGUUUAUAGUGUUCAAUUGUUCACAGGGAGUGUUCAUUUUUGGAGCAUUCGUGUUCAAUCAGAGAGUUUUAGGGCUUUACAAGUCUAAAAUAAAGACAUGGCGGGAAACUGAUCGACGGAAGACUUACUUCCGGUCAACAUCAACGCUAUCAUCGUCUGUGAAGUACUAAUAUCGUUUCGGAUUUAUAUGUUUAAAUGGCAAUGGUUCAAAAUAUCUUAAUUGUGAACAAACUGAAGCAUUGGAACUUUCGUUCAUUGUACCUUCGUUUUAGACAGGCCGUUAGCAGUGGUACCUGAUUUUACUGAACACUUGUGUAUAUCGGAACCUCGAAAGACCAUGGUUUACUUAUAAUACUGGAACCAGAUUAUUCCGGAUGUUCGUGUAUAAAGAGAAAAUCAUUUAACUUAAAAGGUUUGAUAAUGCUGUAUAAAGUAGAACCUGUUUAGACCUGAUAUUUUCAAAUGAAUCGUUUCCUCGUUACAUCGGAUAUCUGUGUACAUCAGAACCUUUCAAAACGGACAUUUCUGUAUACAAUGGAUCCUUAUUAUACUGGCUAUUUUUAUUUCAUAUGAAACAUUAUCAGGGCGGACCUGUAUUAAGUUAAACCUCAAAAAAAGGUCCAAUAUGUUUGUUUGAAAUGGAACCUGCUUAGACCGGAAUUUUACACAUAAUUCCUAUCUUUGUUACGCUGGAUAUCUAUGUGUAUUUAGAAACCCUUUUAAUCAGACAUAUUUGUAUAUUACGGAACCUCCUUAUACUGGUUUUGCUGUAUAUUUCUAUAUAAAGUAUAACCUAGAAUGUACUAAUAUCUUUGUAUGAAGUGGAUUUUUUAGGCUGGACAUUUUUAAAGAGUAGUGAAGCUGAGUUGACUGGACAUUUUAGUACAAAUUCGAACUUUAUUAGGCAAGUUACCCUCUAGAUAAUAUUCAAAAUACGCCCAUAUAAAAAGGAUAUUUAUCACAUAAUGUACUGUGUUAUCCAGUGAAUAACCCCAUGUAA